AUGGUGCAUGGGUGCGACAAAGUGGUGUCCGGGUGUUUCGCUGCGUGCCUCCCGUGCACCCAGUUGGCGGCAAAUAUGCACCAGUACUGCAUCCCGGCUGCACAAUCCUGCAGGCGCAACGGCAGCAGCCGCUGUUCCGGUGCCUGGAACGCGAAAUUUGCGCACUCUAAAAGGCAAUCAACGCGGCCAACAUGCGCAAUUUGCGCCAUUUGGCAAAUCGAACAAUGCCGUCGGCACGCGUGCCUUUCGAGUGCCUGUAUGCGGCUGUGUCAAAACGGCAAUGCGUAUGCCGUAUCGGGCAAAAAAACGCAUUUUUUUGUUCGAAACCGCGCCUGCAAAAGAAACGCCGGUAUUCACGGUGCGAAAAAAAAAAUGGCUGGUCGAGGUCGCGAUUCGCGUUUCAGAACCGUUCUCGGUAGAAACGUAGGUUACGUGGUAGCGUGGCUGGCUUGCAUUGCGGCGUGCUUGCUUGCGCCCGCGUGCCAGGAGAUUUGCAGUCUCAGUUAUCUUGAAUUUGCACGAUACUUGUUUCGUGGCUUCAACUUGUUCUUGUACCACAUUCUUUCAAACCUUCUUGUCCCCCGGCUCCAUAGUUCUUCCAACUUGCAACUGCGUAUCCCGCUCCCAACUUUAGUCACUCCUUCACUUAAAGCUUUGGAUCUAUCGCAUUCUCUUUAG